AUGCUAUACACGCUGGCUUUUCAUCAUCUAGGAACAGCUCCAUCGGUUUUUGAAGAUCAUGUUAUUCGAGCUUCAGAGGUCAAUGCUUGCAAUGAAUGGGCAAUGUCGAUUAUUCUGCGUGCUGCAAGGCACAUUAUAAUACGCAAUACUCGAACAGCAGUAUAUGCACCGCCAUGGAAGAUUGCAGCCAUACCUCUGGUCUCUUCAUGGCCACCCAGUAGAGGGUUCCAUGUUAGUGGUAGGCUGACAGAGGAAGAGAAAUUGAGCAUAAAGCCAGAGAAGCAAGAAGAGGUAGAUGCUGCGGCAUUGGAGACGCAGUCGUUCUGGGAGGAAUACAAGGGAAGCUAUAAUGUCCCACCUCCAAACUUUCCAUUCGAGAAGCGAAUACCUUGCCAUUAUAUGGCAGUACGAGUAACGACCGUCGGAUUUCUUACAAAGAUAGUAAGGCUAUCUGGCGCCUUGACAUUUGCGCACAUAAAUAGAGGGGCCGGUCUCGAGUUUCUCCAGAUCGUGUCUAAGAACGAGGAGACGACGAAGAAGUUACAAUCUAUACGACUCAAUAGCGCCAUCAGUGUCACUGGGAUGAUACAUAAGAAACACAAGCCGAGAAGUCCAUCCACACAAAAGGAAGAAAAGGACUUUGAUGAAGGAUGGUUCCAUUUGGAAGAGCUCGAAAUCGAAAUCGACGAAAUCACAUGUCUAAACACCUUCGACAAGACUGUACCUUACAGUCCAGAGCAUAUCUACCGUCCAGAAAACAGGCAUCUUCAGAUUCGUUUUCAAACCAAGCUCCAGAACGCACUACUGUUCAGGUCAAAUGUUGCGGCUUGUGUCCGGGAGGAGUUGAGGGAUUUUCAUGAGAUAGAAACUCCGAUUCUAUUCAAAUCUACCCCCGAAGGUGCAAGGGAGUUUCUUGUUCCUACGCGAAAACCUGGCUUUGCAUAUGCCUUGCCCCAAAGUCCCCAGCAGUAUAAACAGAUGUUGAUGGCUAGUGGCAUCCAUAAAUAUAUGCAAAUUGCGAAAUGUUUUAGAGAUGAGGACCUUCGCGCUGACAGACAACCUGAGUUUACGCAGAUCGAUCUUGAGAUAGCAUGGGCAGACGGCGAAGUUGUUAUGGCACGGGUUGAAAAACUCAUCAGGGCUCUCUAUAAGAAGUUUGCUGCGCCGGACACUCCUCUUCAGCCACUUUUUAAGACUCCCUUCCAUCGAAUCACGUAUGAUGAAGCUAUGUCUUACCAUGGGUCGGAUAAGCCUGAUUUGAGAAUUCCGGGCCUGAUUCAACGGAUUGAUCACAUCGUCCCUAGUCAACUUGGAAAGAUGCUUACACAAUUUGAAAACCCAAUCUUUGAGGCAUGCAAAAUCAGAUUGAAUGGUCAUCCUCAGAGGAUACAAAAAUUUGUGGCUAUGUUCUUCUCCACUCCUGUUGGUGAGGUCUUCAGCAAGAACGUCGACGGCGGUCCUGGGGUUGCAGUAUUUGAUUCACGAAGACCACUGGAAGGUCUUCAAAUCUUCGGCUUCGAAGGCGCCGAGAAGCUAAAGGCGCUUUAUUCAAAGCUUCCCCAGCAAGCAUUUCACGAUAAAGAAACUCAUAAAAACGAGACAAACUUCGACGACGGCGACUUGAUUCUCAUUCAAGCGCGUGAGAACCUACCGCAUUCGGGCGGUUCCACAGCCUUAGGCAGACUCCGCAUCGCUAUCUACAAAGCCGCACUCGCACAUGGACUUCUAGAACCUGAUAUAUACCACCACUAUCUCUGGGUGACCAAUUUUCCCAUGUUCACUCUCGAGGAUGGUAUCGAUCCUGGCCAAGGCGGUGCAGCCGGCUUCUCAGCCACACAUCAUCCCUUCACGGCGCCGAAGACGGCUGCGGAUGUUGAUUUGCUACGAACGGAUCCGUUGAUGGCGAAGGCGGAUCAUUAUGAUUUGGUUGUGAAUGGAGUGGAGCUGGGUGGUGGGAGUCGUAGGAUCCAUAGUGCAAAGAUGCAGCUGUUUGUUAUGCAGGAGGUUCUGAAGAUGAAACCACUACGUAUAAAAGACUUCUCGCAUCUCCUCAAAGCUCUCAGCGCAGGCUGUCCACCGCACGCCGGCCUCGCAAUCGGUUUCGAUCGCCUCAUCGCCGUCAUGCGGGGCACAGACAGUGUCAAAAAUGUUAUAGCAUUCCCGAAAUCCUCAAAGGGCGAGGAUAUGCUUGUGAAGAGUCCUCGGAGAAUCAGUCGCGCUGAAUGGAAACAGUACCAUUUGAUGAAAAUGGACACGCGGAAAGAAAACUCUAAUGAGGCGGUAGAAGAGGAUGAGACGGGUGAAGAUGAAAAUAAAAGUUAG